AUGGUGGCUUAUCUUGCAGUCGGUGUGAAUCCGGAUGUCAAAUAUGAGGUGCAGUACAGCAGCUACGUCAACGUGACCUCAGAUGGUUUUGUGAUCCUAAAGAGGGUUGUGAAGACCGAGUCCUUUGCAUUGCAGCUCAGAGCGGUGGACUCCACAACGGGAGAGGUUGGCACAACAGCACUUUCUGUUCAAGUCAUACCAGCUGACGCCAUACCGUCCCCUUCAAAUGUUGGCUACCGUGCGGGUGACAUGGCGCUCCUCGGGCUGGUCAUGGCAGCUCUGCUGGUCCUCUGCCUCAUUGUGAUUGGCUUCUUGAUCUCCCGCUUGUGGAAGGACAACAUAUGUGAGUGCUUGGACUGUCUGAAGUCUAAGCAGCAGCACGGCGGCCACAGAGACUCCCUGCAGUACACCAAUGACGGCUUCCAGAACGAGGCCGACGCAAGCCGCGGACGCCUGAAGAACGCCCGUACCAGAGGGAGCAGCUUCCCCCUGGCCGGGGGCCGAGUCGUCCCCCAGGGGAGACGCAACCGCCACUGCUCCUCCUGCGGCGUUUUUGCAAACCACGUCCCCAAAGGGAGCCCCUCGUUAAGACCCUCCAGGAGGGGUCGGGGGGACGGGGACGACUCCAGCUCGAGGUACAUGCUGGCCAAACAGAGGAGGAGGGAGGGACAGAAGACGGUGUGGUUCAAGGAGAGCGAGGACUCCUCGGACAUUGAGGUGGAGAUCAUCCCGGACACUGUGGGCCGAGUAGAGGAGGAGACGCAGGAGGAGCUGGAGGAGGAGUUGGUGAUGGAGGGAGUUGUCAGAGACCCUGUUGCUCCGUGCGCACAGUCUGAGGAAGGCCAACAGAGCUCCAAUCUGGAACCUGGACCUGACCAGGACCAAGGCGGUACUACUGUGGAAAAAGAGAAGGAUGGCAAUGAUCAGGAUGGCUGACAGAAUAUUUUUCUUGUUUCUCUAAUUUGGAUUCUGCAACCAAAAGCCCAGGUUUGAACAAUCCGGGACAAAGAGUCAAAA